AUGUGCCGCGUCGUACUGCUCAACCAGACCCAGUACGUCAACCAUCAGUUGGGAGCGGGGGCUCCCAAGUAUCCCGGGACGGGGGAUAGUCGCGCCACCGGACGAGAUAAUCGUCCGACGUCUGUUCACGUCGCGGUGGUUCAACAGCUGCUCAACUAG